CAGAGGUGUUAGGAUGACAAGUUAAAAUGCACUUACUGAAGAUAAAUUACUGUAGAAAGCAGUGGUAUAAUAGGCUUGCCUGAGCAAAAAGGUGCAGUGAUUUAAUUAAAGUUGCAGAUUGAAAUAUCAUGGACAGAAAAUAGUUUGGAUGAUGUGUUUUGCUAGCGUAUCUCUGCAAUUUCAGUUUUAACAAUGGAUAAGUGUAAGCACAUAGGACGUUUGCGACUGGCCCAAGAUCACUCCAUUCUGAAUCCUCAGAAAUGGCAUUGCGUGGACUGCAAUACUACAGAAUCUGUGUGGGCGUGCCUCAGCUGCUCGCAUGUGGCGUGUGGAAGAUAUAUUGAAGAACAUGCACUAAAGCACUUUCAGGAGAGCAGUCACCCAGUGGCAUUGGAAGUAAAUGAGCUAUAUGUUUUCUGUUAUCUUUGCGACGAUUAUGUUCUUAAUGAUAAUGCAACCGGUGAUUUAAAACUGUUGCGAAGUACCUUAAGUGCAAUCAAGAGUCAAAACUAUGAGUGCACUACUCGAAGUGGGAGGACUUUGCGUUCUAUGGGUACAAGUGAUGAUUCUUACCUUUCACAUGGUGGUGCCCAAGCCUUGCUUCGGAAUGAAGACCGCAUGUUCACAGCUCUCUGGCACCGGCGGCGUGCGUUCCUGGGCAAAAUAUUCAGAUCAUGGCUUGAGUUGACACCUACUGGAAAGAAGAUUUUGGAAGAAGAAAGGUGUCGGGAAGAAGCAGAGGAAAGAAGGAACAAAGCUAGGAAAAGAAGACAAGAACGAAAGCGUGAAUGGAAAGCAGAGAUGGAAAAGAUGCCUCCAAGAAAGAGCAGUCGUUUACAAAAUCAGGUUAGAAUGUCCUCAAAAACAGCACCCUGCCUGCAAAAACCAUCACAGAAUGUGGAAUCUGUGGCAGAGUUGAAAGAAACAUAUACCUCAGAUGAAGUAAGAUUGAAAAAAAUAAGUGACUCUCCAAUUAAACGAAGGCCCACAGUGACUCCUGGGGUAACAGGACUAAGAAACCUGGGAAAUACAUGCUAUAUGAAUUCUAUCCUGCAGGUAUUAAGUCACUUACUUAUUUUUCGAGAAUGCUUUUUAAAGCUUGAUCUCAACCAAACUCAGGAACUGCUGGCAACAGCAACCAAUGGUAAAACUAGAUCUUCAUCUAAACACCUGUCAAUAGCUGCCUCAACAUUACGUGUGAAUGAGAGCCAAAAGAAAGUCAAGGGAUCAUCUUCUGUGAGGCGGCCUAGUUUAUCCUCUGGAUUAAGUGGAGGAGCAUCAAAAAGUAGAAAUAUGGAACUUAUUCAGCCCAGGGAGCCCAGUUCAAAGCAUAUUUCUCUCUGUCAUGAGCUGCAUACUCUGUUCCAAGUUAUGUGGUCUGGCAAAUGGGUGCUGGUGUCUCCUUUUGCCAUGCUUCAUUCUGUGUGGAGACUAAUUCCAGCCUUUAGAGGAUAUGCCCAACAAGAUGCUCAGGAAUUUCUCUGUGAACUUUUGGAUAAAGUGCAGCAGGAACUGGAGACUACGGGGACCAGAUACCCAGCUCUCAUCCCUGCUUCUCAAAGAAAACUUAUAAAACAGGUUUUGAAUGUGGUUAACAACAUUUUUCAUGGACAGCUAUUAAGUCAGGUUACAUGCCUUGCCUGUGACAAUAAAUCAAAUACCAUAGAACCUUUCUGGGACCUGUCCUUGGAGUUUCCUGAGAGGUAUCACUGCAACGGCAAGGAGAUGUCAUCUCAGUACACUUGUCUGCUGACAGAAAUGCUGUCCAAGUUUACAGAAACUGAAGCUUUGGAAGGAAAGAUAUAUGCAUGUGAUCAGUGCAACAAAAAACGAAGGAAGUUUUCUUCUAAACCAGUUAUACUCACAGAAGCUCAGAAGCAGCUUAUGGUGUGUCGGCUACCUCAGGUUCUCAGAUUACACCUUAAACGGUUCAGGUGGUCAGGACGCAAUCAUCGUGAGAAGAUUGGCGUACAUGUUAAUUUUGAUCAAAUGCUGAACAUGGAGCCUUAUUGCUGCAGAGAAUCCCUCAAGUCCCUCCUACCUGACUGCUUUAUCUAUGACUUGUCGGCUGUGGUAAUGCAUCACGGGAAAGGAUUUGGCUCAGGGCACUACACUGCCUACUGCUACAAUUCAGAAGGAGGAUUUUGGGUACACUGCAAUGAUUCGAAACUCAACAUGUGCACUAUGGAAGAAGUAUGCAAGGCUCAAGCUUACAUUUUGUUUUACAGCCAACGACUUACUCAGGCAAAUGGCGGCAAAAUACCAUGUCCUAGCACAGCUGAAAGUCAGCAGCACACAGAAUUAGCUGACUGUUCCAUGGACAACAGUAGCAGCUAAUCCAAAGCCAGUUAACUGCAUGUAUGGUAGAAGUUUGAAUUGUCAUAAAACUAUAUAUUUUUAAAUGAAAUUAAAGUACAGUAUUGUACUUUUUUACUUUGAAUCUGUGUACAAUGUUUAUAUACUUUUGUAUUAGUUAAAAGUACUCUUUACAAUUGCUAGUAAAAGUUUUUAUUGACAGUAACUUUCUAAGUACCUAGAAUUUCAAUACAGCUAUUUUUUUAAGAAAAAGAUUGCUAUUUGCAUUUAACUCUUACCUCAGGCUGGUUUUUUUAAGCUGAUUUUGUAUUUUGAUAAUCUUUGUGAAUUGGUUUAGAAAAAUGAAUUUCUGUGGGCAACUAAUGUUUCUCUGGUUAAUUUUCUGUAUAUGCUUGUGUACAUUUUAUAGUAUAGAUUUAAUGAUAUCAUGAUUCUUACUGUCUGCAGGAAUUGCUACUAGGCCUUAGAAUAUUAACAUUCACCAGCAAGGAAUGUUUUACAUGUCAAAUAGUAAC